AUGUCCGACAGCCCAAUUCGCGUUGCCAUUAUUGGAGCAGGAAUUGGAGGUUUGACAUUGUCGUCGGCAUUGAGGCAAUCCGUUAAGAAUGGAGACAUGAAAGUCGUUGUUUACGAGGCAGCUGCUGAGAUAUCCGAAAUUGGGGCAGGCAUUAACUUUUGGCCUCGCAGUUGGAAUAUCUUCAAAGACCUUGGAUUGGACCAAAGUCUGCUCCAAAUUCUCCCCAAAGAACCUGAUGACUCUACCCGUGUUGUCUUCAAUAUUAGGAAGGGCGAUCAAGAUCAAGGCAUUAACAUCGAUGAUUUGACAAUGAAAGGUGGUGGUAUUCGGUUUCACAGAGCCGAGCUACAAAAGGUUCUACUUGACAACUCAAGCGGCGACUUGUUCCUUUCCCAUCGUUUUGUAGAUUACGAGGAAGCAGAUGACGAGAUACGCGUCCGCUUUGAGAACGGAUAUACUACGACCUGCGACCUUCUAGUUGGCAUGGACGGUAUCAAAUCGAGUGUCAGGAGGAGCUUUUUGCUCAAGUGCGGAAUGCCAAAUUCGCCAUCCCUGGAGCCAGUAUGCUCGGGAGACAUAGCCUAUCGAGGCCUUAUUCCCGUUCAGAGUCUCGAGAAAGAGUACCCUGGUCAUCGCGCUAUCAACGGGGCAACUAUGUACUUGGGGAAAUCGAAGCUUAUCAUCACGUACCCAAUUUCCAGAGAUACAUUCAUCAACUUCGUCUCAUUUGACACUGAUAUUUUGAAUGAAGGAUCUUAUUAUCAUGGACCUACAACUACUCCUUGCUCCCGUGAAGAAAUCAUAUCGAUUUUCAGCAUGUGGGAACCGGAAGUUCAGGCACUGGUUCGGUGCAUCGCAAAACCCACAAAAUGGGUUAUACGUUUUCUCAAACCAAUGGACCGAUACACCCAAGGACGAGUGAUCCUUGCCGGUGAUGCGGCUCAUGCUAUGACCCCGCAUCUUGGUUCGGGAGCAGGGCGUGCCGUUGAGGAUGCUUACAUUCUCGCCAGUCUAUUGAGAGAUAGGCUUUCCACUCGGGCUAUGUUACCACGGGUUGCAGAAAUAUUUAAUGAAAUCUGUUGUCCCGCCGGUAAAAGACUAACCGAGAGGUCCCGUCUAGGCGGACAGCUCUGCCAGUUGGUUGCACCUGGUUUUGAGGACGUCCAUGAAGGAGACAACAGUGUGCCUCGCGAGAAACUCCUUAACCUAGUCCGCCAGUUUGACAGAGAACUUGAAUUCGUGUGGAAAGAAUCAGCAGAAGAAGAUAAACGUCGGGCCUUGGACAUGUUAAGGAUGAGCUGA